AUGGCUAACUUGUUGGACGAGGCUAUGGACCAGUUCGGUGGCAAGGAGCACCAGUAUGAGGCCUUAUCCCUGCCGAAGUGCGGCUUUGUGCACGCAUCUGCCAUAGAACAUCCAAUCUCAGUCAGCAACUUUGUUGCUGACGUGUGCAGACGACCGGAUGGACUAAAGACCUGCACCAUGGCCUUUGACAUCCACUGGAAUGUUCCUGAGUUCGGCAAUGUUGCCCGCCUGGGUGAGGUCAUUCAGGACAACCGCUUAGAUGAGCUGCCGGAAAGCAUUCGCCUGCAAGCCCAGCUGCCACGCGGUUCCAGAUUGGGGCUUAUCGUGCACAACAUGGAGGACGGAACAAUGCACAUAGUGAAGGUGAUCUACUUCGCGGACAAGACAAACAUCCAGCAGGUCGUGCAGUUGUGCGGGGGCCAGUGCUAUGUACCAACCUACAAGGCUGGGCCGUGGACACUCAAGAAGGCCAUUCAGUCCCUCAUCGAUCGUCUUCCAGGAUACCACGUUGAUUGGGCUAGCGUCUCUUCCAAAGGCACUGGUUUGAAGCGCGCAGAAACAUCGCAGUGGAAUCCUGAGACUGAUGAGCUUCACAAAGGUGUCGCAUUCAUAAACCAGCGAGCCCCAGAUUGCGAUGCUGAGAACCAGCAGUACGUCUGGAUUCUUACGCACAUCAAGCCAGACUCCUGCUCGCCCAUAGCAGGCUGGCCGGAGUCGAAGGUCCGCAUCAUGGCACAGAACAAGGCGCGAGGGCAGGCCGGUGCAACUGCUGCCAGAUUCUUCCCGUUCACGACACGGAGCCUCAAGCCCUUCAUGGCUGAUUUCCUCCUGCCGAUACUGUAUCCGCUUCUGCUUAACUAUGGCAUCCUCACCCUGGGUUGGCCCGGUGUUGGCAAAACCCCCAUGCUCAUCGUCAUGGGUUUGGCCCUGGGCCGAUACCACAUUUGCCGCCAAGGGAUUGAUGGCGUCAAGCCAGCCUGGCGCCGUGCGAAAUCACUAGACAAUUUCCGCCAUCGUGUCGGGCAAGUUCAUGAGGCUCUGAUAUUGGACGAUCCUGAAGUUGACAAGCUCAACAUGUCCGAUAUCAAGAGUUGGAUGACUUCGGAGGAGGACGCAACCUGCAGCGGCAGGUACAAUGAUGUCAAGAUGGUUCGUAACAACAUGCGAGCCAUUGCGUCCAAUGACUUGGAAAGUGAGCACGAACCACCCAACGACAAUGGCCGUCGAAACAUCACUUCGGACGAGUUCUUCAAGCUUGUCGGUAAGUUCUUCGCUGGUCAUAAACGUGCCGAUGUUCUUGCUGUCCUCAAGCGCUCCGUCGUCGUGGUGUUUGGACAGCAUGCCAUGUAUCUUCGCCUGCCUAAUCAAGACCCUGAUGGCAUCGUUCAUCGCAUUAGCACCGAUGACAUCCAUUUGGAUCUGUUCAGUCCCCGCGACAAGCCGCAAUAUGCCAAGUACAAGAUCGGGAUAGAAGAGCUUCCGCCCACCUUCGCAGAAGAUGUUGCUUUGGAGCAGAGAGCUCUCCAAGACUCAAUGGCUUCGAUGGUCCAGUUCAAAAGCCCUGACAAGUACAUAGAGCAGGCAAACAAACGCAUCGGCGACAAGAUCUCUGGCUUCCUUCGCUUGCCUGCGAGUUUUUGGGAUCAGCACGCCAGCUCGGAUUCCGACACCGGACCCCCUCCCACCAUCCAUGGCACGCCCUUGACUGCCACGGCAGCCGGGCCACCCAAACGUUUGGGUACUUUCGUGUACCCGACCCCCGCCCGCAGGGUCAAGACCAAGUCCAGUCCCGCUGCUCCAAUCAACAUUGAUGAACAGGAGACUCUUGCUCAGCCGGGAGAAGCUGAUCUUGGUCAGGAGGACCCUGACGAGGAAGCUGCCCAGAAGUCUAAGACCAAGGAGUACCAAUCCGUCAAGUAUGUCCGGGUGAAGGGCGCUGCUGCUGUUCUCUUUCUGAACUUGCAGAAUGUCUCCAAUGCUGCGGUGCAUCAGGUCAUGAACAUCAACCACAAGUUCACGGAAGACAUGGCCACUAGGUUGGCUUACUCACGCCAGGAGUAUGUCAUUGCCAAGCAGAAGGAGAUCCGACUUGGAGGUCGUAAGAUAUGGGUAGACGUGGAGGGUGACGAGGCCAGCUUCGCAAAAACCGACAUCAGCAACAUCGAUGACUCUGUUGAUUCCCAGAAGCCCGUCUUGUGGGAGCAAUGGUGCGGCUUGAUCGAGCGUGGACGACCGGAAAGCUUGAUCCUGGAGCGGUUGAAGCCACCCACUACGGAGAAGCGAGCUCCAGGACCAGGCCCCAUCCGGAAGGUUGAGUGGCAGCCUCUGGGUAAGAAGUAUUUGGAAGGACGCAACAUCAUCUUCCAUACGGAUUCGGCCCGCAGCUACAAGACACGAGUCGAGGGGGUCAAGCACGACAAUGUCGUCCAUUGCAAAAAGAGGGUGAAGGUGAACGGGAAGUGGAAGUGGCAGAUGCCCAACUAUGUCAAGGUGACGACCCACACAGUGGACAAGAACAAGACGCUAAAGACAAAGGCUGGUACCCAAAUUAUCGAUCGCGCCUGGAGGUACAUCAAGGACCGACUCAGUCUCAACCAAAGCACCAGAGCUGGUUCCAAGCUCAUUCGCGCCCAGAUCCAGGGGGCCCAAUUCCAAUAUUGGAUGAAGAAUGAAGACCCAUGGAAGGCCACUUGCGUGCUCAGCCAGUUUAUCAUGAAGAAGUUCAUGAAAUCCGCUUGA